AUGCAUUGCCAUGUCAUUCCGCUAGAUCUCCUAUCGUGUCCUCGAUUGCUUCGUGGUUAGAUCCAGUCGGAAUUUGGUGCAAAAGGACGCUACGGCGAUGGGAGUAAGACCCCGCACGGGUAACGUAAGGGGGCUGGUACGAACCCGCCACGAACUGGAGCGACCCGCAAGGUCAUCUUGAACCUCCAUUUUGUUUCUACCGACACCUGCUCCUGUUACUGGGUCUAGCGCGCGGAUAACGGCGCGUACCUAGAAGACGGGCCCACUGGGCACUCCGCUGCUAGUUAAAACACGUCAGUCAUCAGGAUGCGGAUCGUCACUUCGUGUACGUUUUGCCGCUCUCGCAAGCGGCGAUGCACAUUCAUUCCCUCUUCCAACUCCUGUAAAGAGUGCAUUGGCAAAAAUGCCAAGUGUAGCCUGAGCGACCAUGGCAGCAAUGCUGCAGAUCAGCAGCGCGGUGUCCGUCGAACCUUGUUGCCUCUGCAACACACGUCCAUAUCUCCAGGUCUGCACAGGGGGUCGAUGAGCUCACUGGUAUCGUUGUAUGAUGCUCCAGAUCCCGGCCUUGUCACUGAGUUGGUGGACAUUUACUUCGACCUCAUACAUGACAAGCAGCACAUUCUUUUCCAUCCUCCAACAUUCAAAGCCCAGUAUCAUGCCGGACAAGCACCUCCAUUUCUGAUCUGGGCAAUGGCCGCUCUGGCCUCUCGCUUCUCCAACCAUCCUGCAUUCGCAUCUAUACCGCGUGGUGAACGAGGCCGGCGUUGGCUAGACAAGGCUCUGGAUUCUUUCAACAACCGAUCUAAGGACAUCUGCAUCUCUGCUCUACAAGGCACCAUCGUACUUGGAAUGGCAUGCUUUUCUGAGGGCGAAACUGCAAAGGAUAAUUUGCUAUCUGCCCAGGCUAUUCGUAUGGUUCAGACUAUGCGGUUGCCGAAUGUGACAUGUCCAGACGCCAUCUCGUUCGAGAUUGAGGUCCGUUUGUACUGGCAAGUCUGGAUGAUGGAUAUGUGGCACGCCUCACGAUCACAGUUCCCGCGUCAACUUCGAUUUGACGAAAGGAUACCGAAGAUAUUGGAGGAGAAAGCAUUUUAUCAGCUGCGGAGACAUGCAUCCUUCGAUGGUAGUAACACUGGGCCAGCUCCCGUUCUCGAGGCGAACCGUAAAGGUCUUUGGAGCACCAUGCUGCCUCUCUCAGAGAUCCACAGCCGAGUCAUGCAUCUCAACUACAUUGUAUGCGACCAGAAUGAAGACCCCUAUGAUCAUCCUGGUCGAGUGGAAGAGAUAGCAGAAGAGUUGCUCAACUGGCACCGUGCACUGCCGCAAGAAAUGCGUUAUCUUCCCGCAAGCAUCGCUCGCGUCAAGGCAGAUGGUCUUCUCCGUGAGUUCAAUGUUAUGCACAUUCUGUAUCACUUCCAGUUCCAGCUUCUGUACUACCAGUACCUGCAAAGAGACAUCAACAUCGACCCGGAUUCGGCAACAGCAAGAGAGCGUGAGACCUACGCGGCUCGGUGCAAAGCGCACGCUAUCGCGAUGUCCGAGAUAUUUUGGGCAGCAAACAGUCAGAAAGGCACAGAGUGCUUCUGGUCGCCGGUAAAUGGCCACUUACUUGUUGUGGCUUCGUCGAUCCACCUCCACACCUUACUCUUCGACACCGACGAAGAGCGUACGGCCACGAUCAAGAAGCUGCUCGAGCAGAACUUCACUAUGCUUCUGCAGCUGCAACAGUACUGGCCCAGCUUAGAGAACUCGAUGAUGAGGCUCAGAGCCUUUCACAAGACGUGCCUGCUGAACGCAGAGCCUGGAGAAUCCUACGAUAUGGACGACUGGACAGCACAGUUUCUGAACCGAUAUCACAUGCCUGUCGAAGAAAGACAAAGUACAACAACUCCCUCAGAGGAAUUGGGCGGCUGGGACAGGAACACACUGCAGUCUUUGAACCAGUGAAAAGUUGUAAGUUGUCGGAGGUCGGUGAAGUUGCUGGUUGCCGAAGAUCUGGCGGCCGGCGCUCAGGGCCACCGAUCGAUCCACUCGGCCGAAGUAUGCCCGCCGGAGGGUCGGUCGCACUCUUUUACAGUCCGA